AUGACGCACUUGAAUGGUCUUCCCGUCAGUGUACAAGUAUUAUAUAGCAAUCAUUAUACUGACGGAUUCCAAGAUAUAUUAUCAACUUGGACAAAUCAAGGCAAAAGCGUUGGAGAAUGGAUUCAGCAUCUCUGCUCAAUUAAUCAACCCAAACUUUGUUAUGUCAAGGUUUUUCAUGUCAGAGAAAUUGGAUUAGACACGCAAACCCUUCGUGAUACUUAUCCGCAACUUGGAAACAUUAUUAUAAUUUUUAGCAAUGUAGAAGCAAAUGAGCACGACGUCAUGUCAGCUCAAAAUAUUUUGAAAGCUUUGCUAACUGAUUCUAAAUAUGUCUGUUUGGAACGUGUCCCUUUUCAAGACCAUUUUUCCCUUCAACACAUAGGAAUGGGGAAUUUGAAAUGGUUGAAUAUGCAAUCUCCUCGCAAUCUGAAUGUUCAUGAUCUUUCGACAUUGAAUGCAGAAAGAAUAUGGAUAGAUACAGAUCAAAUGUCUCUUCGUGACUUGAAUCGAUUUUUCAAAUUGUGGAUGAAGGGAUCCAAUCAAAGGUUGCAGGAAUUGUCUAUAUUUUGGGAAACGGAAUUCAUUCCAGACUGGAAUGUCGUGCUCAAAGGAUUGAAAGCGAAAACAAAAAGAAAUUCAUGGAAGACGAAGUUGAAAAUCAAAAAUUGUCGUGGGGUUUGCGGUAAAAUAAGAUUUGAAUGGUGGCGGGAUCAAAACCUUCUCCAUGUGGAGUUUACAGUUCCAAAAUAA